GUUUUGAAUCAUCAAUUGAGGGUAAACCAUGCGUUAUUUCUUCUCACUUUUGUUAUUGCUCUUAUUUUUUAGUGGUACGAACCUCCAGAAGGAAAUACGUUUUAUAUUCACAAAUUUUACUUACUUGAAUGAUGCAGAGUACUUGGAAUCAAAUGCUUCUAUUGACGCGUCAAGGCAGGUGAUUAAUGUUGAAAUGACUCUCAAAAAAACUGUGUACGCGCCCCGCAUUGGAGUGUUUCUGAGGAGUUACUUCAAUCAUCGCACAACUUUCAAAUUCAAUAAAACAGCAGUUGUGUGUUCCGCCGAUCCUCGCCAUCUAGCCAACCCGGUUAUUAUCUAUACCUUUAAAAAGUUCGAGAAGCUUUCCAAUUUCAGGCCAAAAUGUCCGUUUCUUCCCGGUCACUAUUUCAUGAGAAAACUCGGUUUUAAGCCUGGUGAAUUGCCUUUCUUGCGAUCCUUUUUUGAAACAAAUGCAACCUGGAGCCUUACGGUUACCUUCUAUGAAUAUCUGGUUCGUCGUGGACUGUUCCAGAUCAGCCAAUAUUUUUAUGAGGGAUUUGCUUCACACUAGACUUGUUGCUGUUGACUUUCGGCUGUAGUCCUUGUAUUUUAAAUUCAAAGUUGAACGUUAUAGAAAACUUUCUUGCUUUCCACUUCAUUUCUACUCAAGAGCUCCCAAUUUCUUGGCUGCGAUUCCAGCGACUCAGAAUGGAACCACUCCCGGACAAGGGGUGAAUUCUUCAGUUUUACUCAUCAUCAUGCACUCCUUAGACGAUAAUAUGUACA